AUGGGGGACUUUUUGGUAGCAAAAGACCUAGCUGCCCAAUUAUUUCUCGAUAUUGUUGGUGGAUUUUUCAACCAUGAUAACAAGAUCGUUGAGGAGAUUUUUGAAGUUUUUGAUGUUCAGUUGGAAAAUAUAGAAAAAGUAAUCUGUCAGAGUGAAAAGAAUGAUUCCAGUUUUGAUAUGGCACAAAAGAUUGUUGAGCAAUAUAUUUCGGAGUUGAUAGAACCUAAAUCAUAUAUGACUGUAGUUACUCUACUAAAGCACUUCUCUAUCCGCCAGUUUGGCAAAUCAUUUCUUCUUAAUAUGCUACAAAGCAAGCAGUUCAAAGCUGCGGAGAAAUGGGCAACAUUCAUUGGUAAGCCAAUGUUAUAUGUUCUUGUCCAUGAGUACAUUGACAGGGAUAUGCUAAAGAAGGCGGAAAGGAUUAUGCAUCAAAACAAUUUUGUGCAUGAUUUCCUUGAUAUUUAUCGCAAGUAUGAAGAGAGCUUGCUAAAGGAACUAGCAGACAAAGGAUGCUGGGAAAUUGCAGAAGCAAGGACAAACUGUAACAAUCAUCUUCUUGAACAUCUGGUUUAUUUAGCAAUGGAGGCUGGUUGCUUAGAGAAGGUUGAUGAACUUUGUGAUAGGUACUUGCUCAAAGUGCCUGAACCAAGUCUUCGCCAUGUGCAUCGGGAUGAGUUGCUUGGAGAAGAUAUCAUUUGUGUUGAUCAAGUUGAUUCUUUGCCUGUUGCAACCUGUCAUAUUGAAGAAUCCAAAGUCAUACAUAGUGACCGUGAAUGGAAAGCGUAUAAUGUGCAGAGAGGUAAACGACAUAUGGUUUCUAUCAUUCCAGUUGCUUCUGAAGAGAAGAAGCAAAAGGUUACCAAUAGAAGGCCCAUAAAUUACUUAAAGAAGUGGAAAGCUCAAAGGCCACUCACCAUUUGCAAACAUUAUUUCUCUGACCUGAAGUAUAUUUCUCCCCUGUUGUUCAUCUUCCUCCUGAAAGAGUGGUACUUUAGGGGAAAAUGUAAGGCAACAAAGAAAUUCCAAGCUCUUGAAGAAUGUGUCCAUCUAGUACUGCAUAAUGAUCCCCAACCUGGAAGAGCUACAUUUGUUGUUCAGUGCCUCUAUAUUUUGCCCUUAUUUGGAUUACACUCUGAAGUGUUCAGUCAGCUAAUUAUAGGUGCUCUUUGUCGCUUCCUAAAAAUGGAAACUUCCAUUGUAGAUUCUUUGAAAGCCAAAGACCUUGCUGCCCAGUUAUUUCUCGACAUUGUUAGAGGCUUUGUCAACUAUGAUGAGAGGAUAGUUGAGAAACUAUUUGAAGUUUUUGGUGUUCAGUUAGCAAACAUAGAGAAAGUAAUGUGCCAGAGUGAAAUGAAUGAGUCCAGGUUUGACAUGGCACAGAAGCUUGUGGAGCAAUAUAUUCUUAAGUUGAUAGAGUCUGGAUCAUAUAUGACUGCAGUUACUCUAUUAGAGCACUUCUCUAUCCGCCAGUUUGACAAAUCUUUUCUCCUCAAUAUGAUAGAAAGCAAGCAAUUCAAAGCUGCUGAGAAAUGGGCAACGUUCAUCGGAAAGCCAAUGUUAUGUGUUCUUGUCCAUGAGUACAUUGACAGGAUUAUGCUAAAGAAUGCCAAGGAGGUCAUGUUGAAAAACAAUUUCCAACAGGAAUUUCCUGAUCUUUAUCACAGGUAUAAAGAAGGCUCAAUAAAGAAACUAGCAGAAAAAGGCUGCUGGGAUAUAGCUGAAGCAAGGACAAAAGGUAAUAGACAACUCCUUGAAUAUCUGGUUUAUUUGGCAAUGGCGGCUGGAUACUCAGAGAAGGUUGAUGAACUUUGUGAUCAAUAUUCGCUGGAAGCCUUCUCUAAUGUCAAAAUGCCUGAGCCAACUCUUCGCUAUUUGCGUCUCGAUGAGCUGGCUGUAGAAGACAUCAUUUGGGUUGAUCAAGUUGAUGUUUUGCAUAGUGCAACUUAUCAUAUUGAGGAAGUCGGAGUAGCAGGUCUUGAUUGUGAAUGGAAACCGAGUUAUGUAAAGGGAGGUGAAGAAAACAAAGUUUCUAUCAUGCAACUUGCUUCUGGGAAGAUGGUUUUCAUCCUUGACUUGAUCAAAUUAUUUGAAGAUGUGCCUGACGUCUUGGAUGAAUGCUUAACUCGCAUUUUUCAGUCUCCAAAGAUACUAAAACUUGGUUAUGCUUUCAUCUAUGAUGCAAGACAUCUGGCUGAUUCAUAUGGAGUGUUAAACUGCUUCAAUCACUAUCAGAUGCUACUGGACAUUCAGCAAGUAUUUAAAGAACAAGGGGGCGGUCUGUCUGGGCUUGCACAGAAAAUACUGGGAGUUGGUUUGAACAAGACAAGAAGGAACAGCAAUUGGGAGCAACGGCCUUUGACACCCAAUCAGCUGGAAUAUGCAGCUAUCGAUGCAGCUGUACUGCUUCACAUAUUUGACCAUGUUCGUAAUCAUUCUCAAACUGCUGAUGGAGAAAGAUUUGGAAUAGUAGAGUGGAAAUCUUUCGUCCGUCCCCACGUGGAUAACAUCAAGAAGUCCAAAAAAGGACACCAGCUCUCUCUGAGGCAGCAGUACUUUCCGAUGUGGCUGUACACACCCUUGUUAUUGGGGUAUACCUCACUGAACAGAAGACCAAGGCUGCUCUCAAGGCCUUUCAGCACAUGA